AUGCGGUGGAACUGGUGGGUCAACAACAACUACCGGGCCGACAACAAGUGGAGGCACUGCAGCUCCCUCACCGGUUGUGGUUCUCACAGCAACCUUGGAAGAAGCAUUUGUAGACGAACUCAACAAUCGCAGCAGCGCACAAUACAGAGAUCUCAAACACGAGUUGAAACAGCGUUCGACUCCAUCUUCAGUGAGAGAUUUGGCCUCCUUUUCAUCCGCAGCUUUGUCAUCGGAUUUCGGCCACAAAGGGGAAACAUCCAUGCAGAGUUGGGGCUCCAGUUCAACAACGUGGCGUCACCCGAUCAAAUCCCACAGGCUGAUGCUGUUGCAGACACCUUAAUAAGUGCUCUAAGUAACCCCAACAACACCUUCGGCCUCGCUGUUGAUCCCACCUCCAUCCACGUGAUUCGCUCAACAACUGGCGGGUCAACAACAACUACCGGGCCGACGACAAGUGGAGGCACCGCAGCUCCCUCACCGGUUGUGGUUCUCGCAGCAACCUUGAAAGAAGCAUUUGUAGAAGAACUCAACAAUCGCAGCAGCGCACAAUACAGAGCUCUCGAAACACGAGUUGAAACAGCGUUCGACUCCAUCUUCAGUGAGAGAUUUGGCCUCCUUUUCAUCCGCACCUUUGUCAUCGGAUUUCGGCCACAAAGGGGCAACAUCCAUGCAGAGUUGGGGCUCCAGUUCAACAACGUGGCGUCACCCGAUCAAAUCCCACAGGCUGAUGCUGUUGCAGACACCUUAAUAAGUGCUCUAAAUAACCCCAACAACACCUUCGGCCUCGCUGUUGAUCCCACCUCCAUCCAAGUGAUUCGCUCAACAACUGGCGGGUCAACAACAACUACCGGGCCGACGACAAGUGGAGGCACCGCAGCUCCCUCACCGGUUGUGGUUCUCGCAGCAACCUUGGAAGAAGCAUUUGUAGAAGAACUCAACAAUCGCAGCAGCGCACAAUACACAGAGCUCUCGAAACACGAGUUGAAACAGCGUUCGACUCCAUCUUCAGUGAGAGAUUUGGCCUCCUUUUCAUCCGCACCUUUGUCAUCGGAUUUCGGCCACAAAGGGGCAACAUCCAUGCAGAGUUGGGGCUCCAGUUCAACAACGUGGCGUCACCCGAUCAAAUCCCACAGGCUGAUGCUGUUGCAGACACCUUAAUAAGUGCUCUAAAUAACCCCAACAACACCUUCCGCCUCGCUGUUGAUCCCACCUCCAUCCAAGUGAUUCGCUCAACAACUGGCGGGUCAACAACAACUACCGGGCCGACGACAAGUGGAGGCACCGCAGCUCCCUCACCGGUUGUGGUUCUCGCAGCAACCUUGGAAGAAGCAUUUGUAGAAGAACUCAACAAUCGCAGCAGCGCAC